GUGCCUGUGGUGAAUACCGGCGAGGAGGGGGAUGGGCGCUUCGGUGAGCGUAAGGACCCGACACAGAAUCGGAGCCCCGUAUCACAUACAGCAGUGUAUACCCCAUAAUAAACAGCAACUGUAAAUAUACAAGACACUAACAUUAUUGGAAUUGUUCACCGGGGAUUUAUAAAAGACACCAAUGGAUGUAGCGCACCUGAACAAGACAGGGGAUUUAACUUUCCGACAUUUUUUGGGAGAUACUGAGAACUUUGUUUCUUACCCUUGAAGAGGGAGCUACUUGUAAGGGCAAAGGAUACAGGAGACUCCGAGGCGGAUAUCCAGGCCUACUGGUCUAAUUGGAAUUAAUGUUGGGAUACUCCAAGGACUUCCAUAGUACAUUAUCGUUGCCUUGUUUUUAAGGAAUUUGGAAUGACUCUUUAGGUCCCCCAUGACCGUGAGCCGUGGGCUGCGGCUCGACGGCGCCCCCCUUCUGGAGUGGUCCGUUGCUAUAAGUUGGACCUUGUGAAUCCUCUUCUCAUCCUCCUUUCCCCCCAUCCCAUCCUGUCUCCCCACUUCCCCCUCUCGCCCCCUCCUUCCCCCUCGUCCCCCCACUUCCACGCGUCGUUGUGCUGGACGUCAUGAGCAUAGUAAUCACUCUGGGAGUCACCACACCUGAAACGUCUUACUCAGAUAUGGCUGCUGGAUCAGAGUAAGUCAAUGCCAGCUGACUGGAACUGGCUGAUGUCUGUUACUCUUUAAAAUUUUUUUCACUGGUAAAUGGACAACAUUUAUAUAAUAACUCCUUUCCAGUCAAAGCGCUUUCAUUAGUAUCUCUCAUAUGUGUUUUGUGCUGACUGUGGAAGCUGGACCUUUGUUAUUUUGUGUUGUUAAUGGAACAAGAAAUGUUCCAUAAACAUGCCUAGCCUUCCUGGUGAUAAUGUCAUUAAUUAAUUCCAAUUGGAGGAGAGUGUGCUUGAAGAAAAGCCUUUCACUACUAAUUGAAAAACAAGUAAAAAAUGACAACGUUCGACAUUUUACGGUUCAUUCCCUGUUCAGUCCACUGUAAUCAAACACUAUAGUUUAUUUGUCUGGAAGGUCCGGUUCAUUUAGGGAAGUGUAAAUGUGGAAUCGGACUCUAAUAAAACCAAAAACGUGAACUGUAAUCUGCCUAAAGACCUCGGUCUCGGCUCAGCUGAAGUGAACUCUGGUACGGUUCGAUUGCAUAUCUGGAUGCAAGCCGAUCAGAGAAGCUAGAAUCAAAUAAAUGCACAAAUCCAGCGCCACAGGGAGAAACGGCUGGUUGUCUUUUACAAAGACAAAAAAGAACUACAGACAUUUCUCAACAUGUCAGAAAAGAUUGUUCUCCUAAAAUUAGGCCUACGCCUGUGUUCUUAGUCUGACCUCAUCUUUAAACACCUCACUGAUGUUUGUUGAGGCUCCUUUACUCAGUGCUGGCGUUCACACUGAAGAGGGUGGAAGCUAGCAGAGUCCAGUAGGGCGUGUGUUCGGUGCCGUCAGGUUUGAUGGCCAAAUCCAAACCUUUUGUCUCUAGAAUAACCGGGACGGCGAUCACUUCCUCACACAGGGCCUAGCCCUGAGUCAGUUGAAGCAAGCCCUGCAGUGAAUGAGAAGAACUACAACAACCACAGCUGUGGUAGUGCACAGAAUCAUGGGUAUCGGGGACUCCCAUAUGCUAUGCUGUUGUCAGAGUGAAACUGUAGGCCGCUAAUGCAUCAACUCGAAGUGAAAUAGUCCUUCCUGCUGUUAGCCUGCCGAACCCGCAGACCGCUUCUGUUAUUAACAGCUGUUACUGUUUCACAUACCUGGAUCACAACUAUGGCGCGCCCCCUCCCCCUACCCCACCCGCCUCUCCGCUUUCCCAAACCAUCAUUCCCCGCAUGGACCUCAACGGCAUGGUCCGCAGCUCCCAUUACCACGAACCCCAGGCCGAGCACUCCGCCGACAGCGACAGCUCCUCUGAGGAGGACGCGGCCGUGAGCAGCUGGUGCCGCUGCAGCCCCACGCCAGACGGCGUGCACCUCAAAUGCACCUGCAGGGAGCUGGACAGGAGGAAAGGAGUAGAGGGCGCCCACAGAAAGCAAGAGAAUGUUUCAGCUGGAGAGAGCAGUGCGACAGAAAGUGGUGAUGAAGAGGUUUCUCCCUCCACCGUCUCCUACACGGCCACCCAGCACACCCCCACCAGCAUCAAACUGACCGUCAACCGGGUCAAGAGGAGCAAAUCCAAGAAAAGGAAGAAAAGCACUGAGCGAGGCCGCGGAACGCCCAAGCCAAAGAAAGUCAAGGCUUUCAGACAGGGUUCCAGGAAAUCCAUGAGGAUGAAGAACUCCACAUCCGAGGCCAGCGUGCUGGACGAGAACACGGCCGAGGGCUGGGAGAGCCGCAUCCGCCAGUGGACGGACCAGUAUGAGGAGGCCCUCUCCAACCAGUACAGCGCCGACAUCCAGACGCUGCUGGAGCUGCACCGCUCCGCCUGCGCCUCCGUCUCCAAGGCCGAGAGCGGCGCCUCCACGCCGCCCUCCGACACGCAGACGCAGCCGUGCGUAAAUGGCCUGGACACCAUCAACCGCACGGAGCUGGCCUGCAACAACACAGUGCUGGGCUCCCAGAUGCAGCUCCAGCUGGGGCGGGUCACCCGGGUCCAGAAACACAGGAAGAUCCUGCGCGCGGCCAGGAACCUGGAGGCAGACACGCUCAUCAUCGAGUACCGGGGGAAGGUCAUGCUCCGGCAGCAGUUUGAAGUCAACGGGCAUUUCUUUAAAAAGCCUUACCCCUUCGUCUUGUUCUACUCCAAAUUCAACGACGUGGAGAUGUGUGUUGACGCCAGGACGUUCGGAAACGACGCGCGCUUCAUCAGGAGGUCCUGCACCCCGAACGCUGAGGUCCGACACAUGAUCGCCGAGGGGAUGAUCCACCUGUGCAUCUACGCCGUCAGCCAGAUCGCUAAGGACGCCGAGGUCACCAUUGGCUUUGACUACGAGUUCAGCAGCUGUAACUAUAAGGUGGACUGCGCCUGCCAUAAAGGCAACCAGAACUGCCCUGUGCAGAAGCACAACCUGAGCCCCAUGGAGAGCUUCCUGAACCCUACAGCUCUCGCCCUUCCCUCUCCUGCUGUUGGCACGGAGACGCGGCGCAGGAAAGCCCAGAGGAAGGAGCUGGAGAGCUGCCUGGCCAGCAACGGCACGCUGACCCCAGACCAGCAGCCAGAGGGCAGAGACCUGCAGGGAGUCAGCGACACCGAGGAGAAAACGCUGACUGAGGUCAAACCAGAAGACGGAGAAGUGGAUGAAAAUGGGAUCGGCUGUAGUAAAAGAGCUCCAACCAGGCGAAGAGCGACGGGAGCUGAAGUGAAGGACGAGGCGGGGGACAAUGAGGACAGGACUGGAAACGCUCCGGAGAUGCCUUCUGUCCCGCACAGCUCUGGAGUGGGAGUCAGCACACGCCGGACCACCUACUUCACGGAGAACCCUCCUGGUGAGGACAAGCCACCAGCAGCCACCCUCCCCGCCCCGCCCGCUCCUCCCAAACCCACCAGGCCCGCCAAGCCCCGGCCCAAGAGCCGGAUUUCUCGCUACCGCUCGAGCUCGUCGCAGCGCGCUCGGCGCCAGCGCCAGGCCCUGGCUCAGCAGCAGGCGGCAGCGGCCGCUGCGGCAGCAGCGAUGUCCUCAGCGCAGGCGGUGGCCGACCAGGGGGCCGCUCUGCACGAUGAAGGGUCUCAGUGCCAACACGGGGCCGAACACGGCCAUGGAGACGGCGGUCAGGGAGCUCAUCUCCUGGACGGAGACGCCCAGGGACCCAACAGCAUACACAAAGGCAGUGUGCGCUAUCCCAAGACAAAGAAGUACCUCGUCACGGAGUGGUUGAACGACAAAGUCCCUGGAGGGGAGAAGCUCCAGCAGGAGGUGCCUGUUGAGCGGCCCCUGCGGAUAACCACAGACCCCACAGUGUUGGCCACCACUCUCAACAUGCUACCGGGCCUGUCCCACUCAUCACUCAUCUGCACAGCCCCCAGACACUACGUCCGAUUCGGCUCCCCGUUCACCCCCGAGAGGCGCCGACCCCGCCCGCUGCAGAUGGACGGCACCUAUGGCUGCUACAAAAAGAGAUGGAUCAAACAGGUGGAGGAUGAAAGCUGUUCCAACAGCGUGGAGGACGGAACGGAGUCCACCUCCUCCCAGCAGAGCACCAGCAGCCGCUCCACCCCCAACCCGCUCUGCAGUGAUGUCAGUGCACCGUUUAAAAAGCGGCAUCACAAGUACGCAGCUGAGACCACGGCAGCGUCCUCGGACCACCUGCUUCGCCCGCUUUCACCGAUCACGCCGCCGCUUCCUGAAGACUCGCUCCACCCACCGUGUGGCUCUGUGCUGCCCAAUGGCCUGGUCUACUCCCCGAUGCCCUCGCAACCCACAAGCCGCUGCAACACACCGCUUCAGUUUGAAGACAUAUCGUCCUCUGAGGCAUCGCCUGUACACCGCCCAGAGUCCAUCUCUCCAGAACCGUCUCUUCAGGUCGACUUUGACGCUUCUCGACCUCCGUUUCUGGACCUGUCCCUCCCGUCCAGCCUGGAGAGCCCCAGGGCCGUGACCUCUGAUGACUUUCCUGGGGCCGCUUCAGGCCAAGACUCCCAAGGCCAGUCAUCCGCGGGCGGCGUCUCCCUGAACCUGCCAUCAUGCUCUUCCUCGGACUCCAAAAGUAGGGAGAAGGCCUUCAGGACAGAGUUCAACCUCAUUUACACCUGCUCCCCCCUCAACGCAAACCUGGGGAAUCCCCUGAGCUCGGAGCGCCACCAUUCCCAGGUGGACGGAGCUUUCUCUCCCGCAGAUUCCUUCCACAGUUCGCUCAGUGGACAGGGCCUGGUCGGAGACGUGGGCUCCGGCUCGCUGUCUCCUUUUGGGGAGAGCCAUUACGGAGCGGCCUACCCAGACAGGAGCACUUCGCCUCACACCAGCAACCCCCCACAGAAAAAGAAGAGGGCCAACCAGCAUACCAUUAGUCUGCUGACAGGACAGGCAGAAUACCAGCCUAUAGCUGUAAGAAGUGAAAACAAGCCAGUACAUAAUAUGGUGUCUCUGCUGGAGUACCGGAAGAGGAAGCAAGGAGGCAGCAGCGGCAGAGCAGGUGAACCAGCAGCCAGGAACGUCGCCCCCACCCAGCCGGACUCCUACUGCAGCAAGGAACCCCACCUGGCCCGCUCCUACCAGCAGAUGCAGCCCCCUUCCUCCCCACACUCCACAGCUCCGGUCCCACACCUGGAGGAGGUCAGCCCGCCGGACCACCACAGGGCGCCGCUCAAGCCCAGGCGGCAGGAGUGCAGCAACCAGUGGAUGGUCCCCACCACAGUGGAGCGCCUGAGGGAGGGCCAGCGCGUGCUGAGAAGCAUCAAGAUGGAUCGGGUCUACAGACGGAGUGACGGAUCAGCAGACGCAGAGCCAGAUGCAGAGCGAUACGAGCGGAGAGGAGGAGCCCUGGCUGCUUCCACCAAGAGCCCCCACAGAUACAGCCCCCCCCUCUACGCACAGCAGUCAGCAGAAGUCCUCCCAGAGACAGACGGCCCGUCCUUCACCCACCCCACAGCCAGCUCUCCGUUCCAGAGCUCCUCCACCCAGAGCUUCUAUCCUCGCUUCUCCUCCUCCCACCCGGGGCCGUCCCAGGAUCCCCAGAGCUCCUACUGCAGUCCCCCCCCCACACAGCCCACCAGCGACGGACCCCCCAGCUACAGCAACAGCCACCUAAAGACAAGCUUCCUCGGCAGCAGCAGCCUGUUGGAGGGGGCCGCUCCAGGCCCACGGACCCAGGGACAGACUAAGGUAGACGUGGGCCCUCAGGCUUCUAGAGGAGGUCAACAACAGGUGGCUGUCAGCCUGAAGGUGAACAGCCCGGGACAGGGGGGGCAGCCGGCCGGCUCCAGGCUAGCAGGACCCUCCCCACACUACCCCCAGCAGUUCCAGCACCCCCCCCACCAGGGGCCUGGAGUAAGGACGCAGUCAGGAAGCUUCUAGGACCUUCUUUCAGCUGUGUGUGCGUGUGCGUGUGUGUGUGUGUGUGUGUGAAGCUAAAGGCCCCCUGGGGUUCAGGGAGCUGGAGGGGCCACAUGUACAGACCUGAGAGGAGCCAGCCAGGACUCUGGACAGAUUCCUCCUUUUCCUGUUUUCUGUUUUUGUUUUUGUUUUGUUUUUCUUCAUUUUCAGGAAAAGAACUUGACAGCAGCGUGCUCAUAGAUAAACCUCCAGCUCCUGGACGUCAGGACAGAGGGAGACGGGAAGCAAGCAGCCUGGAAAACACGGGAAACCGGAUUGAAAACUCCCGAUUAUCCCAGAACUUUCCUACUCUUCUUCUUCUUUGGCAAAAAAGGAAAAAAAUUCCACAUCGAUGUCUGCACAGAAUGCUAAGUUAGCCUUCCUGUUGUCAUGGUUACCAGGUUGGUCAGAUGCUGACAUGCGUAUUUGGUGAAAACCGACAGAUGUUCCGUUUUCUUCUCGUAUUACUCAGAGGAGGGGGGGUGAUGACAGGCAGGUGGGGGCGGGGCGUUCUCCAGGAUCAUUCCAGAAGCGUUCUUCAUCAUGUGAGUGGUGGUGUGCUGGGAGCUCCGCUCCUCCAUCCAGCUGCAGGCCUCCAUCUCCAUGCUCCUUCCCCCUCAUUCAUGGUGCUGCCAACCUUUUUUCCUCCCACCAACGUCUGAUCCAGUUGGGCCCACCACCACCGCAUCAGCUCCCCAUCCGUCUGGAGUCAUCCCGUUCAGGAGCAAAGGGAUCAGGGUUGCAGACACGCCUGGAUUUGUCCGACCAAUCUUUGCAUUCCAUGUGACAGAGAGCAGAGCGAGUUCACUGCCAGAGGAGAUGGAGCUGCUGCUGCUGACGGUGCCAGCUGCUGUGGCGGCGACUACCCGGUGGUGACCGCUGCAGCUGCACUUCCUGUGGGGUUCUCUCUCGCUCUCUCUCUGUCUGCUGCUUAAUUUGUUCCAUUUUUUUUCUCUCUAUUCUUAAACAACUGACGUGUAAAAAGAGACGGUUUUCUGCAGCGCUCAGACUGAGGUGGAGGAGACCUGUGAAUCCCCCCCAUUCCCCCUACUCUCUUUAUGUGACUGGAGUUCAGGGCCUGAAGUGGUCGUGGGUUGUGGGGUGGGGGAACUGUAUUUGUGGGAAAGACUUGAAUGACUGAGGAACCCCCCCACGCCCCUCUCCACCCACUGCCCCACCCACCGGCCACUACAACCCCUUCCCUCGUAACCCCUCCCCCCCCCACCAGAUUCCAUGAAUGUGUGACAGAACAGCAACAUGAACGUUGCUAGCUAACACAAAGCAGCACCUUAAAAACACAUCCACCCUGAAAGCACCCAGCAGCAGGACUCUGUGUGUGAUUCUGUGUACCUGUAUAGAGAGAAUGUGAUAGAGCUGUAUGGAGAGAGGAUCUAGUACACUGAAUUCCCGGCGUGAUGUCAGUAGAGUCUGACUGAGCAGCUGGGGUCAGACGCUUUGGAGAUCUGACUCCCUGGGUUCCUUCAGACGCCACUUUCUUUCUCCUGUUGUUUUUCUAAGAAGUUUUCUGUUGUUUUUCUUCUUCUUUUUUUUUCCACAGAUCAUAGUAGAAACUAUUUCAAUUGUUCUCUAAGAGAUUUAAGAAGCAACAGAUGUAAUGCAUUUUGAUAAUAAAAUAAUCAUAACAGCAAAGUA